AUGGAGGAGGAGAAGAAGUACAUCAAGAAGAAGAUCCGUCCCGGUACCAUCGUCCUCGCGGACGCGCCCGAGCUCGCGCUGCUCGUCAACUACGAGCUCGAGGGGACGAUGCGCGCGCCGGACGGGGUGACGAUCAUAACGGAGAAGUCUCGCGCGGUGAAGCGAGUCAAGGUGCGCGCGCUGGACGCGAGCGUCAACCUCGCGUCGCUCGCGGCCGAGAUCGUGGAGAAGUGCAAGCUGAUUCACCACAGCAAGGUUGCGCUCGUGGAGGAGCUGUUGGACGCGCUCAGGCGGCGCGAGCUCGGCGGCGGCGUCGGCGGAGCGCGGGGAGAAGCGCGAGAGAGAGGCGGCGCCGCGGCGACGACGACGACGACGCCGGCGGCGGAUCCGCCGCGAGGCCGCGAGGGCGCCGUGCGGUCGUCCAGCGCCGCCGCCCGCGCCGCGCGCGCCUCGUUCUCUUCUUCCUCCUCCGCGUCGGGAGCGGCGAUGGAGACGGACCUCGCGGCGCUGCGCGGGCGCGAGGACGAGCGCGUCGUUCGCGAAGCCGCCGACGCGGCGGCGGCGUUUACGACGCCGGCGCCGCGCGUCCACGUGCCGAGCGUUCGCGCGUCCCCGGAGCGCCUGGACGAGUACCUCGAGAAGCUGUACGAGGACGACAUAAAGAUCAAGGUCGAGGCGACGCUGCACAUCGCGGCGUUGGCGAAGCGGGUGGAGACGCUGGAGGACAUCUUGGCGCACCCGAACGCGAUACUCGCCGUCGCGAGGACGUUGCGGGAGGACGGUCGGAAGAGCGUCGACCUGGCGACGAACAUCGUCUCGGUGUUCUUCGCGCUGUCCAACUACAGCGCGUUUCAUCACAUCGUGAUCGAGAACCAGCUCGGGGACAUGACGAUGCGCAUCGUCGACCUGGAGGUGAAACGCGCGGAGGACCGGCUCGAGUCGCUGCACGAGCACGGCCCGCCCGACGAGUUCUCCCUUCGGCGGCACGACGCGGCGACGAGGAAACAGGACCGGCUCUUUUACGUCUGUUUCUACCUCCUCCUGAACAUCAGCGAAGACCCGGCCGUGGAGCGGAAGAUGAAGAAGCGCAACAUCGUGACGUACCUGUGCAAGAUGCUCGAGCGACGCAGCGUGGAUUUACUCGUGCUGUGCGUCACGUUCCUCAAGAAGCUGUCCAUCUACGGCGAAAACGUGCAAAAGAUGACGGAGCUGAACGCCGUGGCGCGGCUCGCGACGUUCGUCCCCGGGGACGACGUCUUACUCCUCGUCACCCUCCGGCUGCUUCUCAACCUGUCGUUCGACGACGCCGCGCGCGCGCAGAUGCAAGACGCGGGGUUGAUACCGCCGUUGGUUCGCCUGAUGCGUCAUCCGCACUUCCAGCACGUCUCCAUGGCCAUUCUAUACCACCUCAGCGUCGACGACGAGCGAAAGGCGAGCUUCCCUCCCGUCGUCACUCUUCUCACCCCACACUCGGGCGCGUUCGCGUACACGAACGCGAUGCCGACGCUGUUGGACUUUUUGCUUCAAGUCUCCGACCUGCACGCCGCGCCGGAGCUCAUCGCGCUCGUCGUGAACCUGACGACGCACCCCCGGUGCGCGGAGGUGCUCUGCGACGCGGUCGUCGGCGCGGACGGCACGCGCGGGUUCGACGCGCUCGCGUCGAGAGCGAUCGAACGACGCGACCCGCUCGCGAUGAAAGUCGUGCGAAACCUCUCGCAACUCGACGACGUCUCGACGAAGAAGCGAUUCGCGCCGUACGUCGAGCCGCUGAUCGCGCUGUUGAAGUCCGAGCCGUGCGGCAGCGACGUCAUGGUCGAGACGUUAGGGACGCUCGCGAACGUGCCGUGCGCCGAGGUGGACGUCACCGAUCUCGUGAUUUCGCACGCGGUGCUCGAGUUCAUCGCGACGACGCUCGGGGACGACCGCGGGUGCGAGGACGACGUCGCGCUGGAGGCUGUCGUCUUCGUCGGCGCGGUGGCGUGCGAUCGACUCGCGGGGGAGCUCGUGUCGCUGGGGCUGUGCGAGCGCGUGUACGACAUGCUCAGCGCGAAGAAGGAGGACGACGAGUUCGUGUUGCAGAUCGCGCACGCGGCGGGGCGGAUGUUGCGGCACGAGGAGACGCGGGAUUUCUUACUCCGCGAGACGCAGAUCGCGUUUUACCUCGUGGAUCUGCUUCAGGAUAAGAACGACGUCGUGAGGAAGACGGCGGAUCUCGCGCUGGACGUCGUCAUGGACGUCAGCGAGGACUGGGCGGUGAAGAUUCGUCGCAUGAAGUUCGAGGCGCACAACCAAGAGUGGUUGGAAGCCGUCGAGGGCGUCUCCCUCUUCGGCGGCGGCGGCGAGGAGGAGGGGCGCCUCGGCGAAGAAGGGCACGGCGAACUCCCGCGCGGACAGUACGUCGACGAGUACGGCGAGGUAUAUCACCACGACGAGUACGACGACGAGUACGACGACGAGUACGACGACGACGACGGCGCCGGCGCCGGGAUGCGAAGCGCCGGGUUCGUCUUAGACACCCCGGACCAGUACUUCGGCGCGAGCUUCAGCGAGUUCGACCGCUAG